AUGUCCGCCUCGGAGGGCCAAGGGCCGCUUGCGGCAUCGCAAGUCUCGUCACUACCCAAUCUCCUUACCGUGAUCAUCACAACCUCGGUCACGCCCUCGAUCCCCAAUACGGAUCUUCUGUCUGCUGUCGUGGACGGUUUUCGUGAGCACUGCCCACAUCUGCUACGCUGUCGCGUCAUUGUGGUCUUUGACAAUUACGAUCAGAUUGUAUCGUUUGCACGCUUGAAGAAGGGACACGUCACGCCCAACCAGGCCAGAGAUUGGCAUCUUUACAAGGCCAACACCAAGAAACUCAUUCUCGAGCAGUUCCGUGGCGCCGCUGCCGAUGUAGAGCUUGGCACGGAGCAAGGUGAAGCCGAGUUUGGUUCUCCAAAGGAGGCGAACUCGGUGGCAUUCACCACUACAUACACACGCGACAGAAGUGUAACCUUUAUUGAGCCCGUUCGGCGUCUGGGCUUUGGGCUAGCUGUGCGGUCGGCACUGCGCAUGGUCGAGACACCCUACGUAUGGCUUCAGCAGCACGACUGGAAUGUCAUUGCUGACGUACCAGUCGCGAGCAUGGUUGAGAUCAUGCAACAGCAUGACUCCAGCACUGACCUCCCAGUCAAGUACAUUUGUCUCCCCGCCAUACGCAUGCUCACAUACGCCACCUCGGCCGAUGUAAAGCAUUUCCCUGUCCUCAAAGACCUGACGGAAAAGCUCAAACGGGAUUUUGUUCCGCCUCAGCAGCCCGAAGUCAAGAUUCCCUUGACGCCAAUGUUCUUUUGGCAUGACAAGCCUCACAUUGCCUCGACGCAGCACUACCUCGCCAGAGUCUUUCCGUCGCGGCUUGCCAUGAUGCGUGGUGACUUUAUCGAAGACAAGAUAGGCCAAAUUGCCAGAACUCAGAUGAAGGAAGGCUUGUGGGCGAAAUGGGCUACUUGGCUCUACUACCCAGACGAGGGUCAAUCGCUGUGCCUCCGGCAUCUCCAGGGCAGGAUCUGGCGUGGAACAGAUGCGCAGACCAAGCAGAUUGCCAGCUACAUUGAGAGUAACAUGAAGAAUAUGCUGGAGAGGGAAGCAUUCGGCGCUAACGUUACAGAUGUGAUGCUCGACGACCAUGACGAUUCAAUCAGCCGAUUGUUCUGA